AUGUCGACCACGGGUCAUUCAUCCUCCCCGGAUGCCGCAAGGACCGGCACGCGUGCCAAAGCGGACAACGCAACACGAGAGCCGCAUACGCCGACCAAAGGAGGCGAUGUCAUGUCACCGCUGCUGAAGGAGCUGGAACUCAGCGUGCUGGAAAUAGGAGAGCAGCUCACUCGCGAAAGCGCGGCAAAGAACCACGUCAUUUCACCCGUGCGCGAUUCCGAGGAGACUUCGGAAGGCAGUCAACCGAUGUCGAUAUCCUCGGGUUCUCCGGCAAGCAGCACAGCGGGCGAAGAAGGGGGCGUCUCCCUCUUAGACAACCACUGGCCGCCAUCCUCGUCUCCCACGCCGUCUCCGCCCUCCGCCCUCCCACUUCCUGCGCCGGUGCGCUCCUCUUCAACAUCCUCGACUGACAACGCCGCAGCCAAGAAGGAGGAACAGACAUGGGCCGGCCGAACCGCGUACGAGAACAUUCCCCAUGCCGAUUGGAACAUCUGGCGCCGCUGUUGCACAUGCCACACUGCGUAUUUCGCGGCCGGCGAGCAUACGAACGUGUGUUACUGUGGGCAUGAAAAGUGCGAGGAGUGUUGCUGGGCGAGCGAUUUCGGUGGGAUCCGUAGUGUGAGACAUCGAGGAGACUCACCAAACGGGAUAACUCAGUCUACGCUCUCCAUCCUCAUAUCCUCCCUUCCAAGCUUCCAAAGUGCCGCAGAGUAUCCCUCACAUGAGCGAAACACAACGCACCGCUUUCAGCAGCAGCAACGAAAACGACAACAAUCAACAUGACCAGCCCGCGACUCAACCAACAUCACCCGCGCCCGCUUGCCCGCCGUGCCCAAUAAAUUGGCGAUCAUGCCGCAAAUGUUCCGUUUAUAUAUCCACUCUUGGGUAGUAAAACCUGCCCGAUUGAUGGCCACUCGUGGGGAGACCCCCAAUUUGGGACGGAACGCGUUGGUGUCGCGGAUGUGACUACUGGCUGAAAGACCUGACGUAGCACAUGUCGCCGGAGGAUAUGGAAUGCUUGAUGGCGAUGCGAGUAAGAUAUAGAUGAGCACAUGGAAAAAAAUAUGGAGAAGGAAAGAAAGUGUGUGAACUGCUUCCUGGUUUGCGACGCCAGUGAUAUGCAUAAGAAACGCUGGCGACGAGGGAGAGAAGCCGAGACGGCAGGCGAGUGUAUGAGCUGCCCAAUAAGCUUCGCUGGGGAGGAUA